CCGUCUUGGAAUCUGAUUGGCUGUUUGGGACAAGAAGGCGGGCCUAGAGCGCUGCCGGCUUCGCUGAUUGGCGGGAGCGGGGACCGGCGGGCUGAGGCGGCGGCCGGCAGGUGACACGGCAUCCCCUCAGGCUCUAACGGAUCAACUCCCGCGUCUCCCGCCAGCCGCUCGGGAUGGGAGGCCGGCGGUCUCCGUUAGAACCGGGCUCACCGUACCAGGCGGCGUUAAGGGGCGACCUCGGGGUAUCCGAGGAGGAUGAGGAGCUCGAGGGUUUCAGGCGGGAGGCGGCAGUCCUGUGUGACAAGCUGUGGGAGGCUCUCAGUCAUACAUCUGGUAACAAAAGGCAGUCCAGUUCUUUGAUCAACCUCACCUCGGACAGUGCCUGGGAUCAGCAAAAGCCUUACUUGUUUCCUAAAUCCUGCUUGAGGCCAAAAAGUGCUUCCUCUCCCUGGAUUCCUUCCAUCACCAUCCCUCAGCCUUUCAAAAUGACGCUGCGGGAAGCUCGCAAAAAGUCCCAGUUGAUGAAGUCAUACAUGUUUCUUGAACUAGACAAACAGAGAGACAAAAGGCAAAGCCAGGAUGAAGCUGAAUGUCAGAAACAAUUCCGGGCACAGCCUGUACCUGCCCAUGUGUUUCUGCCCCUUUAUCAGGAAAUAAUGGAGCAGAAUGAGACUCGCAGGCAAAUAGCAACACAGAAAAGAAAGGAGCUGCUACUUUCAACCCAGCGGCCCUUCAGUUUCCUGGAGAAGGAGGAGAAAAAGAAAGAAGCUAUCAGACAAAAGUUCCUGGCAGCAGCAACCCCAAAUGAGAACUCCAAACAGAAGCAAGCCAGUAAAAAAGUUCCUAAAUCUACUUAUGACCCACUUGGAGAUAAACUCAAAGAGGCUGAACUCUACAGAGAAAUCCGUAUUCAAAUGAGAGCAAAGGAUCUGCUUGAGAGCUCCGUAGCUCCUAUAGAUACCAGCAACUGUCGGAGAGAGCCUCAGUCCCGAGCUGCCAAUAAAACUAAGCAAGAAAGACUUGGCUUCUUGCAGGAUAAAACUUUCAGCUUCAAGCCAAGGAUUAAUCCAACAAUACCGGAUUUUGAAGGACUUUACUGGGCAUUUCAGAGGGAAGCAGUAAGGAGACAAGAAAUCAAAGAGGCAACUCGUAAUAAGCCAUUCAAGUUAAGAACCUCCAAUCUCCAUGGCAGGCAGAGGCAGGCUAAUGAAAGGUUAAAGGAUUCUCAGCAACUUUCCAAGGUUUCAGUGCAAAAAAGUCAUUCUCUGACCGGACUUUCCUCUCUCUCUUCCAACACCCUUCCAGUGCAUAUUACAGAUGCAACUAGAAAAAGGGAAUCUGCUAUUAGGAACUCCCAAGAUAACAAAAAGGAAGGGGACAAAGAAGGAAGUUAUUGGCUGGAGAAACAGAAAAAGAAAUGUCAAGCUAUCCGAAAGUCAGUGAACAGCCGAGCAAAAGCCCUGGAUCCCCAUAAAAGCCUGGAGGAAACACACAAGGAGAAGUCGAAACAGAACUGGCAAAAUAUGAGAGAGAGAAUGAAGGAAUACAGAAAGGAGCUGGAAGAAAUGCAGCUGCGAGUCAAGAACAGACCAUAUCUCUUUGAACAGGUCACCAAGCACGAUGCUCGUCAGGGAGCAGAGCGUCGCUACAGAUACACCCUCCAGCAGGUUGGGCUAAGUGAAGAAUUUGUAAGGAUAAAAGGGAAAGAUACCACUGACUUGCUGGAAGAAGAAUCUGACGUUCACAGAGCGCCCAAGCCUCGGGGUGAAAAGGCUGACUGUACUGUACAGGAAGGAGAACCUCAAGAGGAGCAGAGUGGAAAGGAAAUGGCAACCUAAGAUCUAGCAGAAGAAUCCCUCAGUCAUCUCUUGAUUUUUUUAAUUCAAGAUCCACCAGGUUAAUCCUCAGGAACUUUAUGGUUUAGGUUGACACCUAAGAAUUUCUCUGGGAUAAGUGAGAUGGAAGAACAUAGUAAAGGAAAAAAAGACCAACUGUUGUUUAGAGCAUGUCUUGUUCAACCCAGCAAAGCCUGCGGCCUCCCUUAGUCUUCACAGGCAUUCCUUGUAUGAGCCGUUUUCCUUCCUUUAAAGAGCAACAAAACAAGUUAAAAGGAUUGAAGCACUAUCUUUGGAUAAAAGUAGAUAUGAAAGAUUGAAGAGGUGCAUCCUCUCGUAUCAGCUCCUUGUGUUCAUGCCACAGAAGCACACAGAAAGGGGAGAAUGCCUUCCAGUGUGCUAAACCUUGGUUUACACAUGUAUGUGGUAGAAUGCUUUUCAACAAGGUAUUUCUAAAAAAAAAACAAAUAACAGAAUUGGAUCUACCUUGGGAGAAGACUCAGAGGGAAGUCCUUCUCUGAGGUUAACUCUUCAUUCACUCAUUACCAGCUUUGCUCCUUCCUCCCAUUAGAAAGAAGCAGCAGUCUUAAAAUCUCCCAUAUUUCAUUAUUUGAAACUCUUUUAACAUCUUACCAAUUUAAGUCAUUAAUUAGGACUGAGAAACAACCAAAAUUAUGAAGACUGUUGUAAUUAAACAAUGGAUCACUUUGGACUGCCGUUGUCCUAAUUCUACUAUUACUGUGAUAUCAAAGAUGGAUUUUACUGGAAGAAAGAUCAGGUAUUACCUGUCAGCAUGUUGCACUCAAAUGCCUGGAACAUCUUGAAUGGUAUAGUUCACACAUUAGUGGUCUUCCUUUACCUGACAGUAAUAACAAUCUCAAAAAUACACACCCUUGCCACCUGGAAUGUUUUCUGAGAAUUAUGAUAUCAAAGCACUUUGAGAUUAAAAGAUUUUUAAAUGGC